AUGUUGAUGGCAAGUAGCGACUCGAUAUUGACCAUUAGUGGUACUAUUGAUACGCUCACUGAGUACGAUCUUAGCGAAGCCAACAGCGUGAGCUGCGAUGGGUACAUUACCGACCAUACAGAUCUUGUGUCCGACAUCGAUGAGUCUGAGCUGCGCCGAGAACUUCUUACCGAUAAAUGGAGAUUACUUUUCGAUAAGUAUGAUCCUGAGGGUUUUGGAGAAAUUCCAAUCGAAGAUUUUCUAGUGGCAUUGAAAAGUUCUGAAUGGCAAAAAAAAAUACCUAUCAAUAAAUUGGACCUUUUGUACGCGAGAGCAAAAGAGUUUCACGUCAAUGCUGUAACAUUUCAGGACUUCGUGAAUGUGUAUUGUUGACUUUACAUUGUAUUAUUGGAUCCAGGAAUUGAGUCAAAUUUCUGCAACCAAUAAUUAUCUAGUCA